UUUAUCCUGUUUCCGACCCCCUUCGAUCUUCCUCUCCGUCUUUGUGGAUGGAGAUGAGCGCUCCGUGAGCUUCGAACCAAGGAAAGAGAAAAAACCCUGAUCCCCAAAAUAAUGUCUCUCUCGCUCUUCUCGCAAGUCUCCACCUCUCUCUCCUUCCACGUUUCCGCCAUUACCGCUCCUCAUUCCUCUCUCUGCCCUCUCUCAUGUAUAUAUCACCGCAAGGGCAGUUAUGGAACGGCAUCAGCGUGGGUUUCCCGCGGUUACGGAGGCUCGGGGAGCUUGGGAAUGAUUCCCAUGGACGAAAAGAGGCAAUUGCGUUUCUUGGUUUCUUCUGUUUGUAGGUGCGAUAAGAAAAUUAACGGUAACGGAGGAGAAUUUGGUGAAGGUGAAGAGGAGAAGAAGAAUGGUGAAGCUGGCCACGAGAGCGAAGAAGAUGAGGAAGAUACCCAGAGCUCAGAUGUUUCUUCCCCUUCUUCACCAGAGAGAUGGGAUGUUUUGGGCCUCGGACAAGCCAUGGUAGAUUUUUCCGGUGUUGUGGACUAUGGGUUUCUAACGAAACUGGGUUUAGAGAAGGGGACAAGGAAAAUCAUAAAUCACGAGGAGAGGGGUAAAGUAUUGCAAGCAAUGGAUGGCUGCAGCUAUAAGGCGGCAGCCGGAGGCUCUUUAUCGAAUACACUAGUGGCUUUGGCUAGAUUAGGUAGUCGAUCCAUCGGUGGCCCGCCUUUAAAUGUAGCGAUGGCGGGAAGUAUAGGAGGCGACCCUUUGGGUAGCUUUUACAGGACAAAAUUACGCCGAGCCAAUGUAAAUUUUCUUUCUACCCCAAUCAAGGAUGGAACAACUGGAACAGUGAUAGUUCUGACAACCCCUGAUGCACAACGUACUAUGCUUGCAUAUCAGGGAACAUCUUCAGCAGUAAAUUAUGAUUCCUGUCUGGCUAGUUUAAUCUCCAAGACGAGCAUAUUUGUUGUGGAAGGCUACCUGUUUGAACUCCCCGAUACGAUACGGACCAUAACAAAGGCAUGCGAAGAAGCUCGUAGAUGCGGAGCCCUUGUCGCCGUGACAGCGUCCGACGUCUCUUGCAUAGAGAGGCACUUUGACGACUUCUGGGAGAUUGUGGGUAAUUACGCCGAUAUUGUAUUUGCAAAUAGCGAAGAAGCAAGAGCUUUCUGUGAUUUCUCCCCCGAGGAAAGUCCCGUCUCGGCCACAAGAUACCUAAGCCACUUUGUCCCGUUUGUUUCGGUUACCGACGGCCAUAAAGGGUCGUACAUCGGGGUAAAAGGCGAGGCCAUAUACAUACCGCCUUAUCCAUGCGUGCCCGCCGACACUUGCGGGGCCGGAGACGCUUACGCUUCGGGAAUCCUGUACGGUAUACUGAGAGGCGUCUCGGACAUAAAGGGGACGGGAAGUUUGGCGGCCAGAACCGCUGCCACGGUUGUCGGACAACAAGGGACGAGGCUGCGGGUUCAGGACGCGGUGGAUAUCGCUCGGUCUUACGCCUUCCGUCUGAACAGCUCGGGUUUUCGAAACGACGUCGGGUCUGAUCAGAUCUCGAGCUUGUGAGGUCUUGAAUUGGCUUCAUUCUUUCUCGUAUUUUGGUGUCUCCGCACGUUGCCGUGAUACUUUUCUCUCGUUCAAGGUUGAAAAGACUUUAGGAAUAUUGCGAUUUGUGUAUAAUAUAUAGUCCCUUCCCAUUAUAUA